AGUGGAGCUACUUGUAUUGCAGCAGGAGCUCUCUCUCUCUCUCUCUCCUUGUGUUAUAUCAUUCUCUCUUCUCUCUGUUCUUCAGCGGCUUCGGUUCCAGCCUUUGCUAAAAGAUGCUGCGCUUGCCCAGUGUGAUGAGACAGAUGAGGCCAGUGUGCAGAGCUCUAGCUCCACACUUUACCCGCGCCUAUGCUAAGGACGUAAAAUUUGGAGCUGACGCCCGGGCACUCAUGCUCCAGGGAGUGGACCUGUUGGCAGAUGCAGUGGCUGUUACUAUGGGACCAAAGGGUCGCACAGUUAUCAUUGAGCAGAGCUGGGGCAGCCCAAAGGUCACCAAAGAUGGAGUCACCGUUGCCAAAAGCAUUGACCUUAAAGACAAGUACAAGAACAUUGGAGCCAAGCUGGUGCAGGAUGUGGCUAAUAACACAAACGAGGAGGCAGGUGACGGCACCACCACUGCCACUAUACUGGCACGGGCCAUUGCCAAGGAGGGUUUUGAAACCAUCAGCAAAGGUGCCAACCCUGUAGAGAUCCGCAGAGGAGUUAUGCUCGCUGUGGAAACAAUCAUCAAUGAGCUUAAGAAGCUGUCCAAACCAGUCACUACACCUGAGGAAAUUGCUCAGGUGGCAACUAUUUCUGCUAAUGGAGAUGCUGAAGUUGGCACGAUCAUUUCCGACGCCAUGAAGAAAGUGGGACGUAAAGGAGUAAUCACUGUAAAGGAUGGAAAAACUCUGCAUGAUGAGCUGGAGAUCAUUGAAGGCAUGAAGUUUGACCGUGGCUAUAUCUCACCCUACUUUAUUAACACAGCUAAAGGUCAGAAGUGCGAGUUCCAGGAUGCUUAUGUGCUUCUGAGUGAGAAGAAGAUAUCCAGCGUCCAGAGCAUUGUGCCAGCCCUGGAGAUUGCUAACCAGCACCGUAAACCUCUGGUCAUUAUAGCUGAGGAUGUAGAUGGCGAGGCUCUUAGCACUCUUGUCCUCAACAGGUUGAAGGUUGGACUGCAGGUGGUAGCAGUAAAGGCCCCAGGCUUUGGAGACAACAGGAAGAACCAGCUGCAAGACAUGGCAAUUGCUACUGGAGGAGCCGUGUUUGGCGAUGAGGCUGUUGGCCUAGCUCUCGAGGACCUACAAGCACAUGACUUUGGCCGUGUGGGCGAGGUGGUCGUGACCAAGGAUGACACCAUGCUGCUGAAGGGCCGUGGUGACCCAGCUAGUAUUGAGAAGCGUACCAUUGAAAUUGCUGAGCAGCUGGAGAACACCACCAGUGACUAUGAAAAGGAGAAACUCAACGAGCGACUGGCCAAGCUCUCUGACGGAGUGGCUGUACUCAAGGUUGGGGGAACAAGUGACGUGGAGGUCAAUGAGAAGAAAGACAGAGUGACUGAUGCUCUGAAUGCCACUAGGGCUGCUGUCGAAGAGGGCAUUGUUCUUGGAGGUGGAUGUGCUCUCCUGCGCUGCAUCCCUGCCCUGGACCUCAUCAAACCUGUCAAUGAUGACCAGAAGAUUGGUAUCGAUAUCAUCCGCAGAGCACUGCGCAUCCCUGCCAUGACCAUUGCCAAGAAUGCAGGAGUGGAGGGCUCUCUGGUGGUGGAAAAAAUUCUGCAGAGUGACUCUCAGAUUGGUUAUGAUGCCCUUAACGGCGAGUACGUCAACAUGGUGGACAGAGGAAUCAUUGACCCUACAAAGGUGGUAAGAACGGCACUGCUGGAUGCUGCUGGUGUUGCUUCUCUGCUCACGACAGCAGAGGCUGUGGUUACAGAGUUGCCCAAGGAGGAGAAGGAAAUGCCAGGAGGAAUGGGUGGCAUGGGCGGGAUAGGAGGGAUGGGUGGCAUGGGAUUCUAAACUCCACUACCACAUGUGCCAUACAGACUUUAAGGUAGGGAGGGUGAGGGUAGGGGCCACAUGUUAACCCUUCCUUUGUUCCCCCUCACCUGCCCAGGAGUGUGACAAAUGCAGAAGAAAUGGGUGAACCACAUUCUUCUCAAAACCAUGUCUGAUCUCGCCUCUCCACUCAGGGCUGAAGCUGACCUGACCCUGUUGCUCAGAAGAAAAGUAUCAAGUGACCUGUGUGAUCAGUCCAUACACAACAUGCUCAGUUUAAUCAUUGGUUAAUAUGGAAAGCAGCAAGAAUGCUCUUUUAAUUUGUCCUGUUUAAGCACUGAGUAAAUGGUAUUAAGGUUGGAGUACUUGUUGCUAAAUGUAAAUCUCUUGUAUUUAAAAAGCAACAGAAGCAAUUCACAAGGGUUGAAAUCUGCCUCUAGAUGGAAAAGCAAUGUGUUGAACUUGAUCUGGAUGUCAGCAAAUUCCUUUUUUUUUUUUUUUUUGUUCAGUUUCUUUUGUGUAUGUAAUGUUUACACCUGUUCUAAACAUUCACUUGUUGGUCAAGGCAAUUAAAAGUAUCUCACUGAAGAAUUGCAUGCUUGGAGCUGUUCUUGAUGUAAAGUAAAUCAACAUUAUAAAUGCUGAAAUGAGCUGCUUGCAUAGAAUACCAGGAGCCAGAUGUAAGCGUGUUAGGUCUAGAUUCUGUCACUUGUCUUUUGUCUGAUGGGCUUCUGGGGAUUGGUCUUUCUUCAGCUGUGAUGGAAGCUACUAGAAAUGGAGUUUUGCAUAAAUUUGAAGAGCAGUCUUAAAGAAGCUGUCCAUGAGCAGGUCACAAUGCACACCCUUGUAUGUCCAGUGAUGGUAUUUAAGACUGCUGUUCAGCAUAGAAUAAUAUUCACAGUGAAAACCUUCCAGCUUUUAUUUUUCAGUUAAAGUUACAAAUGUAUGGCAGUAAAUCAAUGUUUUGUACAAUAA